AUGUUUAAUUUAGGGGCAAAGGUAGUAGCGACAAAGAAUAUCAGUUCAAAUAUUUGUUUGUACGAAUUGUGUGGUCAAUUGUACCCCAUCAGUAAUGAUUUCUUAAAAAAAGGAAUAAACGAUUUCUUAACUGUAACAUCAUGCAUAAACAAAAAGGAUUAUAUCUUCCUUGGUCCAAUCGCAUUUGUUAACCAUGACUGUCAACCCAAUCUUGAAUGGUACAGUAGUACCAAAAAACUGUCUUGUGUCAAAACUGUAUGCAAUAUAUAUAAAGGCCAAGAGUUAACCGUGUUUUACGGUAGAGAUUUUUUUGGAAUGAACAAUUGUGAAUGUCAGUGUGUCACUUGUGAGAAUAAUGGCACUGGAUUUUUCUCCAAAGAAAAAAGUAUUGAUGCUAAACUUAAUUUGGAAGUAAAUGAUGAUCAAUCUACUGAUGCUACUGCUAAAGCUACUGAUGUUAAAGAAUUUCCCCCCACUGGCGAUAGAUUUUGUUUAUCUAGGAGAAUUACAUACAACCAUACUCAAUAUUAUACGAUUAUGCAACUUUUGUAUUGGUUUAGGGGACUGGAAGAAAUCGAGCCGAUAGAACAUAGACAGCGUCUAAAAGUACAAUGGAAGGUAUUCUACAGAAAUGAUAUAAAGAACUAUGAUCACGUUAGUACUUCUACACCUGUUUCAUCACCACCUAUUGAUUAUCAACUGAGCCCAACAAAUUAUAAUGGACCAACUCAUGAUAGACCAACUACUACGGAUCAUACAUCAGAACAAACAAAUUUAACAUUAUACGAGGAUUCACUUUCUAAUGAGAAUGCACUACCAAACAAUGGCAUGAGUCAAAACACGUCAUCAAUCACAUCUGAAUCUCAGCAGUCUGUAAGAUCAGAACCAAAUGAAAGUUCAGAAUUAAAUGAUAGUUGGUGUUCUAGUCAAAGCGAUGCUAUUGAGUCACUUGCCAUUCCAUUGGGACAAUUGGAUUUGGUUUCAAGUAUUACAGACCUUAAACCUUUUCAAAAAUUAAUUGAAGAUACAGAUGUUGAGAUACAGUGUUUUGAGGCUGUGGACGAAGAAAAUACUGAAUAUAUUCCAAUAGAAAAUGAUAUAUCUAUGGUUGAGUUAAAAGAUAUUAUAGGAAAACUACCUUACCCUGAACUAAGGAAAAGUGGUAGACAACUUAAGUCAGUAUUUUCUGGAGUUGUUGAUACAUUUGAAAAAUGUUAA